AUGGAUAGCAUGAGUGAGGCAUUUGAUCAAAUGCAAAUGGUCAAGGAUGUUCUAGCCAACAGUGAUAAAGUUUCAGAGGUCCUACAAGAGUCUACUCAUCAGUUCAACCUGCUUACUUCACCCACCUUCCUACCAAAGGUCAAGGAUCAAGGGAAAUUCACUCUCCCUUGCACACUUGGGCAUCUUGAGAUUGACAAUGCCUUAGUGGAUUCUGGAGCAAGCAUCAAUCUGAUCUCUCUCUCCAUGGCAGAGAAGCUAGGCAUUGCUGGAGCCUUGCAGCGCCCUACUACUUCAAUCAUGUUUGGAGAUGCAACUUCUAAGUCUCCUCUUGGAGUGUUCAAGAACUAUCACUUGAAAAUUGGAGAAUGCAUCAUCCAAACUGAUCUCACUGUGAUGGAAAUGGAAGAAGAGAAGGAUUUGCCUCUGUUAUUGGGAACCCCUUUCCUUAGUACAGUUGGCGCUUCAAUAGACUUUCACAAGCAAGAAGUGAUCCUUCACAAGGUGAAUAGUUUGGUGUCAUAUCGCUUGCAGCCUAGAGGUUCAGACUUUUGUGCCACAAUUGACAGUACCAAUCUCAGUUCUAAGAGUCAUGGAGCUACAAAGGUUGUGAAGGAAAGGGUUGACAAGGAACCAAGAGUUGGGAAGGAUAAGGAUGAGAGAGGACCAAGGAUUGAGAAGCCACGUCUUGAGAGGGCUAGAGUUGAGAAACCACGAUCUGAUAGGCCAAGAGCUGAGAGACUUGUUCAAGCCCCUUGUGUGCUUGAUGAAGAGAGCCUUCAAGCUUUGUUUGAUGAGCCACUAGGAAGGGCUCUAAAGAAGGGGAGGAUGCAGCCUCUAAGGCAAGACCAGGAGAUAAAAGAAAGGAUCCACCAGCUCAGGCCCCUUCAGUCAAGCCAUCUCAGCUCACAAUGA